UUAGCAUUGAGUUCGUACGGUAGCGCGCUUUUUUAGAAAAUCAAAAUUUACACAUAUUUCGACAAUAUAGAGUGCCAAUGUUGUUCGCUUUUAAAGUUGGCAUAAUUAAACAUUCGGUUAUUUAUAAUGUAUACCUAUUUAUUCUUCAAAAGAAAUGAAUUCAAUUUGAAAAAAUAAAAAAAUAUUUUUUUUAAUAUACUGCGGCAUCUAGUGUGCAAAAAAAGCAACAAAGUCUAUCAAUGACACAGUGUAUAGUGCUAUAAAAAACCAGCAACAACUAUUUAAUUAAUAAAUCGGUUUGUUUUGACAAAUAGAUGUCCGUAGCGUUAAUAACAAUUUCUCAUAGCGCAUGUUCAAUGCAAUUUUCCAAUGUCAAGAAUCCCAUAAAUCCCCGAGUUGUAUUAGUAUGGCAUCACUAUGUACUUAUUUUUUACUUGACAGUUUAUUGACAACUGUCAAAUACUCUCACGCUCUUGUUCUGCUCUCUGUUUUAUUCGUUUAUUAAAAUUCGGUCGUUUUGCUUGUGAUUUGUGAAAAAAAGUAAAAAAAUAAAAAGUGGAAUCAAUUUAAGUUAGAAUUUACUCAAACUGAAUAAAAUUCAUGAUUAAUUAUGUGAAAAGAAAUUCAGAAUCAAAUGUUUUUAAUUGAAAAGAAGCAAACAUUCAGUAGAGUGUUAGAAAAUAAAUCUGUGUUUAUGGGCUAACGCCCCCAGUGCUGCUGCCGCCACUAAACGACCAGAAGAAGAAGAUGUUUCGAAAGUAUAGAAAUUUCUUCUUCUGCUAAGGAAAGCGAAAAAAACCAAAGAAAAAUUUAUUCAGUGGUGGAGCUGCAUCAAUGUUAUUUUUCCUUGGGAAAAUUAAAUACAAAAACAAAAAUCUAAUUGAAAAAUGUGCAAUAUUUGGAAUAGAUACAAAAAAACACAGCAACUAUGUUUCCGAAGUUUCCUGCUUUUCUUUGAUUGCUGGAAAAUAUUACGGAUGCCACAAAAUGUUUGGCAUCCCUUAGAUGCAAGUAGUAAAAUAUAAAUUAUUCACAAAAAAAUAUUCAGAAAAAAACGAAAUAAAUGAUAUAGUUUUAACAAAAAUAAUUAUAAUAAAAGAAAAAAAAAAAAAAAACAAGAAUAAAACAUAAUCAAACCAAUGACAGGCUCCUGUCGCAUACACAGCAGUGACAAAUAGUUGUUAACCCUUCAAAACCGUGUUAAUGUGCACUCGUCCCACCUUCACUGGCACCUCCUCACCGCCACCCUACAACCACUACAACUAUUUUUACAACUAUUACUCCUCAAAAAUAUAUAACGACUGACUCUGUAGCUGCUACUCCUACUACAGCAAUUACGAAUCGAAACUUUACCUUUUUAAUACCACUCACCUACAAACAUACAAACAAAAACACAACAACUCACUUAAUUUAGAACAACUGUGCAACAACAAAACCAAAUAUAAACGUAAAAAGAAAACAUAAUAAUAACAACUAAAGUGUAGAAAGAAUUUAAAUAAAAUAAUUAAAAUAAAUUAAAAAAGAACAAAAUGCAAGCUAAAAAACGUUACAUACUUGUGUUUGUAUCCUGCGCAUUUCUGGCGUACUGUUAUUUUGGUGGUUACCGGCUGAAAAAUGCAGCACAUCGUCGUCGCGGCUCUUCAUCUUCGCCUUCAAUCGAAGGUGACAGCGAGUCUCUGGAUCAUUUGCCUAGUUAUCUUUCAAAUGAGGCGGUAAAUGACUAUUUAAGUUCUAUUGGUCCAGAAAUGGCAGAAACAAUCUCUAAAUCACGAACGGGAGCAGAAAACUUGCCAGCAUCUGGUGAACAAGCACCUGCGAAUGCAAUAGCAACAUCGUUGUCAGCACGCUCCUGUCGCAUGGAGACAUGUUUCGAUUUUAGCAAAUGCUACAAUGAGUUUCUCAUUUAUGUCUAUCCACCCGAACCGCUUAAUUCACUGGGUGCUGCUCCGCCAAUUUCACCCAAUUACCAAAAGAUCAUUACCGCCAUACAAGAGUCACGCUAUUAUACGCCAGACCCGGAACGGGCUUGUCUUUUCGUGUUAGGCAUCGAUACUUUGGAUCGCGAUUCGCUAUCAGAGGAUUACGUGCGUAAUGUACCGUCUCGUUUGGCUCGUCUACCUCAUUGGAACAAUGGUCGUAAUCAUGUUAUAUUUAAUUUGUACUCGGGCACUUGGCCCGACUACGUUGAACAUUCGCUUGGUUUCGAUACGGGCGAAGCGAUUUUAGCUAAGGCCAGCAUGAGUGUACAACAGAUGCGACCAGGUUUCGAUAUAAGCAUUCCAUUGUUUCACAAGCAAUUUCCGUUACGCGCCGGUUCUACAGGUCUGGCAUCGUCCAUGCAUUUUCCAUCAAACAAAAAGUAUCUGCUGGCUUUUAAAGGCAAACGGUACGUGCAUGGCAUUGGCUCUGAGACACGUAAUUCUCUAUUCCAUUUGCAUAAUGGUCGUGAUAUUAUUUUGGUCACAACAUGUCGUCAUGGUAAAAGUUGGCGAGAGUUACAGGAUGCUCGAUGUGAUGAGGAUAAUCGAGAAUAUGACAGAUAUGACUAUGAAUCCUUACUGCUUAACUCUACAUUCUGUUUAGUACCUCGGGGGAGACGUUUAGGCUCAUUCAGAUUCCUCGAAGCUAUACAAGCUGGUUGCAUUCCUGUAUUGUUAUCCAACGAUUGGGUAUUACCUUUUGAAUCGAAAAUCGAUUGGAAACAAGCGGCUGUCUGGGCCGAUGAAAGACUGUUACUACAGGUUCCUGAAGUAGUUCGUUCUAUAACUGAAGAACGAAUCUUCUCUUUACGCCAACAAACACAAGUGCUGUGGGAGCGUUAUUUCGGUUCCAUUGAAAAAAUUGUUUUCACAACUUUCGAGAUUAUACGAGAACGUUUGCCGGAUUACCCAGAGCGAAAUAGUAUAGUUUGGAAUACAGCACCAGGUGCUUUGCUGACGCUUCCAACAUUUGGUGAUAGUUCGAGAUUUAUGCCCUUCUUAUUGGAUGAUAUGAAUUUGAGAACAAGAGACAAUUAUACAGCCGUGAUAUAUGUUCAAAUAGGUGCGCCCUUAGGUCCUAACAAUGCACUUUAUAAACUAGUCAAAACGAUAACAAAGAGUCAAUUUGUAGAUAGAAUUAUUGUUUUAUGGGCGGCUGACCGCCCGAUUCCAUCAAAAAAACGUUGGCCUCCAACAUACCAUAUACCAUUCCAUGUGAUAUCACUUGGCAGCUCAUAUCAAACAAAACCGGUUGUAGCUGCUGCUGCUGUUUCUGCUGCUAGAGGAGAUGCAGUUAAAGUAGGAAACGAUGGUGCCUUAAAUGGUCGUUCAGCUUCCCAGCACAAUAAUAAUAAUAAUAACAAUAAUGUUAAUAAUAAUAAUAAUGCACAGAAUUCACCUGAUGGCGAUACGCCAAAUGACAACGACGCUGAAACGACCACUGAACGUCCCAGCAUAUCCCAACGAUUUUAUCCUUAUGACGAAAUACAAACUGAUGCCGUACUAUCAUUGGAUGAAGAUGCCAUAUUAAAUACGGAUGAAUUGGAUUUUGCCUAUACAGUGUGGCGUGAUUUUCCCGAUCGCAUUGUAGGGUAUCCUGCUCGUGCUCAUUUCUGGGAUGAUUCCAAGAAUGCUUGGGGUUACACAUCAAAAUGGACGAAUUACUAUUCCAUUGUUUUAACUGGCGCAGCUUUUUAUCAUCGCUACUACAAUUAUUUAUACACCAAUUGGUUGUCGCUAUUACUUCUGAAGACUGUGCAACAAUCUUCCAAUUGCGAAGACAUCCUAAUGAACUUUCUUGUAUCGCAUGUUACACGAAAGGCACCCAUUAAAGUAACACAGCGCAAAGGUUAUAAGGAUCGUGAGACCGGUCGUUCACCCUGGAAUGACCCUGAUCAUUUUAUACAACGUCAAAGUUGUUUAAAUACAUUUGCAGCCGUUUUCGGCUAUAUGCCACUUGUACGUUCCAACAUGCGUUUAGAUCCCAUUUUAUAUCGCGAUCCUGUAUCAAAUUUGCGUAAAAAAUAUCGACAAAUCGAAUUGGUCGGCAGCUAGCGUUCCAUAAAUAAUAGCCUAUAAAUCUUCUAUAUAAAUAAUAUCCAAAUCCAAGAUACGUUAAAUAAUUGAAUAAUAAUAAGUUUAUUAAAUAAUGUUAGUUAAAAUAUUAAAUAUUUUAUUAGUUUUCUAAGCAUAAAACAAUAACAAACCAACAAAAUGAAAACACAAAUAAUAAACAAAAUAAUUAUAAAAAAAUAUAACAUAAAUUAUAACAAUAAUAAUUAAGCAAAGCGCGUCAUAAUGAAAUAAAGGUGCCGUAGUAAAUAUUAAGAGGAAACCCCCUAAAAACAUGCAACAAAUUAUAGAGAAAUUAAAGACAAAAAAAAACGCUUAAGAAGAGAUU